AUGAAGGAAACAUCACAAUGCAAUAAUAGGCUAAGAGCUGUUAGGGAGAAGGUCAAGAAAAAUCCUUCAUUCUAUAAGGCAAAAUUGGGAGUCAGUCUCGUUGGUAAUGAUGUUAAUAAGGUGGCUGAUGUUGAUGGAGGAGCGCCAAAGAAGGAACUCUCCGCAUCUCUAGAGGAAGUAGUUGACGAGUAG